AUGGCUAAGAAGGCGCGCCAGAGGAUCAGCUACGUCCUCGAGCUCCCGGCCGGUUCCCAGGGCGGUGGCCACAGACUCGGCGUCAAUGGCCUGGCCGUCGACAAGGACAACGCCAUCCUAUACUCCGGCGCCCGUGAUGGCUUCGUCUGCGCCUGGGACCUGAACCUCGACCUCAACCCCGGCGCGCCCCAGCCCGAGAAGAAACCGAAGAGCACCUUCCGCUCCCAGACCCAGGCGCACAUGUCCUGGAUCAACGACAUCGUCCUCGCCAACAAGAACACCGCCGUCGUAACCGCCUCCAACGACUUGACCGUCAAGGUCUGGCGCCCGCACUCCGAGACGAACACGAUUGCAGACAAGAUUGGCGAACAUGCGGACUAUGUCAAAUGCGUUGCCACGCCCCCGGGCGGCUCGGUCAACUGGGUCGCUUCCGGUGGCUUCGAUCGCAAGAUCUGCCUGUGGGAUCUCAACGGCGGCGGAAAGACUCUCGAAAUCGAUACCAAGGGGGAUGAGGUUGCAGAGAAGGGCUCCAUCUACGCCUUGAGCGUUGGCCAUACCAUCAUGGCCAACGGUGGUCCCGAGUCUGUCGUGCGCCUGUGGGAUCCUCGUUCUGGCAAGAGCGUAACCAAGUUUGUUGGUCACACGGAUAACGUACGCGGCAUUCUGUUGAACGAAGCCGGCGACAAGGUCCUGACGGCCAGCUCCGACCACACCAUCAAGCUGUGGAGUGUCACUGCUGGACGUUGUAUGUACACGUUCACCAUGCACGAGGACAGCGUCUGGUCAUUGUUCUCGGACGACCCCGAACUAGGCACCUUCUACAGCAGUGACCGUUCCGGCUUCGUCGUCAAGACGGACGUGCGAGGAAGCCUUGCGGACCUCGACGAGGGUCUGUCAGUCGCCGUCGCGCACGAGUCCCACUCUAUCAGCAAGGUCGUUGCGGCAGGCGACUACAUCUGGACGGCAACCAACACGUCAUCCAUCAACCGAUGGUCUAAUGUCAGCACCGGCCCGGAACUGCAGCUUCCCGAGGCGUUCAGAAGACAAAGAGCAGCAUCCUCCGCCUCAAGGCCCAGACAACCCUCAAACCCGCCUCCAGCCAACGCACCAAAGAAGGAGAUCUCAACCCGGUCGAUUUUGAGAAUAUCCAAUACAGCAGCCUUCCCCAUCCAAACCAAUCCCGCCCCCGAAACCCCUCCCGCUACCGUUACCGGGGCCCACAUCCCACAGGAGACAGAGCCGAUCCAUCAGAACCCGGAGGAGACCAUUGAGGGCCAGUUUGGUCUUGUGAAACAUAAGCUGCUGAAUGAUAGAAGAAGAGUAUUGACACUAGACACUGCUGGCGAUGUUCUCCUUUGGGAUCUUAUCAAGUGCGAGCCGAUCAAGAGUUUUGGCAAAAGACAUCUUGAAGACGUCGAGCCGGAAGUCAACACAACUGAAGCAGUUGCGCCUUGGUGCUCUAUCGACAUCAGCUCCGGUAGUCUUACGGUGGUGCUUGAGCCGUUCAACUGCUUUGAUGCUGAGAUGUACGCCGAUGAGCUGGCACUAGAAGAGCCUAUUGAGUUCAGAGAAGACCAAAGAAUCAACCUUGGCAAAUGGGUGCUUCGGUAUCUAUUUGCCGGCCUGAUUGAUGAGGAGAUCAAACGGGAUGAGGCGUAUCGUCAGACCCUGAACGAAGUAGUAGAACGGAGGGUGGCAGCCAUUCGUGCCAACCCGCCGUCUUCGAUCACUAUUCCAACCGGCUCGCCUGGAUGGGAUGAAAACAUGGGCACCCCUCGAGCCAACGGCUCGCAGUACCCAAUGACCCCCGGCAUGGCCAUUGGCCUUGCGACGCCGGGCCCUGGUGGCAAGCUUCAAGACGUGCCUGAGGGAGUUGCGACCCCAAGCAGUCCGCUCGACAAUAAAUCCUCUCAGUUCGGCCGCCCGUCAACUGAUCAGGGAGAUUACUUUACCAGCGCUAUUGGGCCUAUCGAGGGCGCCUCCAAGCCGACUGCGGCGCCAGCAACUCCUGCAACUGAACAACCACCGGCAGCUGAUACAAAGUCCAACGCAGAUUCUAAAGAGAAGGAAAAGGAUAAGGAUAAGGAGAAAGACAAGGAUGCAGCCAAUGGAAAGUCUCCCUUUGGAAAGAAAUUCCGCAUGGGCAUGGGCAUGUCUUUCGGCAGUAAAAAGUCGGGACGUUCAGCUUCCACGACGGCGCCGGAAAAGCCUGCUGUCGUCGACGAGAAGGCAGAAGAGUCCGAGGCAUCGUCAACGCACGAGAAGGAGGUUGACGACAGCUUCUUGGGCGCGAUCCAGAAGAUCCGCAAUGAUUACGACAAGUCACUGACCGAAAGUCCGGACAAGUUGAUCGAAACCAAGGUCACGCCAAGUCUAUCAAACGACACGCCCGUGUUGAAGCUACCAUCCGGAACGAAGGUCGUCCUCCAGGAGGAGACGUCCGGUGGUAGCGCAAACAUUUACCAAGGGACCGUGGAGACCGUGGGCCAGGGUGCGGACAUUAUUGAGCAGCGCGGUCCUAUGUGGCUGGGCGAGGUCCUGCUUCAAAAUCAGAUUCCCCAGAAGGAGCCAGUAAAGGUUUCCUUCGUGCUGCAGCCAUGGCAGAACAGCCUGCCUGACAUUGCGUCGACGGAUGGCAACAACCGACUGAAUGCCAACAGGAUGCUUCGUGUGAAGAAGAUCCUGGCCUACGUUGCAGAGCGGAUCGAGGCCCCAGUUGAGAACCCGGAGCCGGAUGCUCUACUGCCGCAUGAGUACUUGGAGCUCUACUGCAACGAACAGCUUCUACCCAUCACCAUGACCCUGGCGACCCUUCGCGCCCACAUCUGGAAGGGCGGUAAUGACGUUCAGUUGUACUACAAGGCGAACGGGCGCAAGGAGAUCCCCAACCCGCCCCCUCAGCCUGCCGCACCCGAACCCGAGCCUGCGCCGUCGCAGGGCAGCAGCACACCUCCAAACCCUACAGCAUAG